AAAAUCAAGAUCAGAUGACAAGAUAUGGUAAUAAAAAAAUAAAAAAUUCGGUGACACAACAACCCGUUGCCAAUGUGAAAAUUAAAACAGUACUCUCCUACCCAUAUAGCCAUGGUCCAAAGGUGGUUGUAAUAAAUCCAAAACAAAGCUCGUUAGCCACUGGCCAUACUGAUGGGAAAUUGGUAAAAUCACAUGGGUUAAUUAAGUGCUGCAUGUUUACGUACGUUGCCAAUAUAACUCAUGCCCAUCCACAUAAUCCACCAAAAAAUUAACACACACACAUACACCAAAUGGGCACUAUUGUUUUGUACCCUGCACCAGCCAUGGGCCACCUCGUUUCAAUGGUGGAGCUUGGAAAAUUCAUCAUCAAACACCAUCCUUCCUACUCUAUAAUCGUCCUUACCCUCACCAACUCAUUCAACACCGGCUCUAUCACCUCAUAUGUCCGUCACAUCUCCGCCACCAUCCCCGCCAUCGCAUUCCACCACCUCCCCGACAUCCCUCUCGACCUCGAAACAUAUCCCUCCACGGAUUCGGUACUCUUUGAUCUUAUAAACCGUAGUGUUCACAACGUUGCGGAUGCCCUUCGGUCCAUUUCCCCUACCGCGUUAAUUAUCGAUCUCUUUUGUACCUCCGCUAUGGCUGCGGCUGCAAUCCUCAACAUUCCUGUUUACUACUUCAUUACUUCCGGGGCGUGUUGCGUGGUGGAACUUCUUUAUUUCCUCACGCUUGAUCGGAAUUACCCCGGAAGUUUUAAAGAUAUGAAUAGACUUGUCUAUUCACCGGGGCUGCCACCGAUACCAUCAUCUGACAUGCCAGCUGCGGUUCUAGAUAGAAGCUCCACGGAUUAUGCGGGUUUUCUUGAACUCUCGUACCACAUGCCGAAAUCGGCUGGGAUUAUUGUUAACACGUUUGAUUCGCUGGAACCGAAACCACUUAAAGCGAUUCGCGACGGAUUAUGUGUCCCAGGUCAGCCUACACCACCGGUUUACUGCGUUGGGCCGCUGCUUGCGGAUGGAAGUGAGGGUUUAUUGCAUGAAUGUUUGAAGUGGCUCGAUGGUCAACCUAAAGAGAGUGUUGUUUACUUGUGUUUUGGGAGUGAGGGUUUCUUUUCGAGUGAUCAGUUGAAAGAGAUUGCUAAAGGGUUGGAGAUGAGUGGACAUAGGUUUUUGUGGGUGAUACGGAGCCCACCAAUGGUCAACAAUGAUGAUUUGAGUGUAUUGUUGCCAGAUGGGUUUUUGGAACGUACUAAAGAUAGGGGUCUUGUGGUGAAGAAAUGGGCCCCGCAAGUGAAAGUGUUGAGUCACGAGUCGGUAGGUGGGUUUGUGACACAUUGUGGGUGGAACUCCGUGUUGGAGGCCACACGUGCGGGUGUGCCCAUGGCGGCGUGGCCGUUGUAUGCGGAACAAAAAUUAAAUAAGAUUGUGAUGGUUGAGGAAAUGAAAAUGGCUCUAUCGAUGAACGAGUCUGAGGACGGGAAAGUGGCAGCCGCAGAGGUGGAGAAGCUGGUUAGGCGGUUGAUGGAUUCGGAGGAAGGGAAGGUCGUUAGGGAGGUGGUGAAGGCUAGGAAGGUGGACGCGGUGAGGGCAAUGCACGACAACGGGUCUUCUCUUAUGGCAUUGGCGAAGUUGGUUGAGUCAUGGCAACCGACGAGGACUCUAUCGUUAUCGUGACUGCUUAAUGUGUUAGACGUGCUCGUGGUCAUCGAGUUGAUUUUCUCUAUCUCAAUUGGAUCAUGAAAAUAAUUGUUCUAAAUCUUGAAAAUAAUUACUAUAUGUUAAAAACAAAAGGGAAUGAACAGUA